GCGGGCGGGAAGAUGCCGCUGAGCGGCGGCGGGGAGCUGGGGGCCAGCGACGAGCUGAUCCGCUUCAAGGACGAAGGCGAGCAGGAGGGCGAACGGGACCUGGCCGAGGUCAAAUCUUCGCUGCUGCAAGAGACCGAGGGACCGGAGAGCGGUGGCCGUCCGCCCAGGACCCAGGCGGAGCGCAGAGCCGAGUCCGAGAGUUUGGUGGAAAAACGCCGGGAUCGAGAGGAGGAGGCGCGGAGCCGGGAUGGGGGCUCGUUGUCGGCCGCCACCUUACCCUUUCUGCUGAUCCCGGAGUUGGCGGCGCCGCGAGGCCUGCCCUCGGGGCCGCGCACGUACCUGCACAUGAAAUGGCCCCUGUUGGACAUCCAGGCGGCAAGUUCACUCAAGGACGCACCAUCUCCCGUGCACAUUACCAGCGGUGUGCCCCUGGUUCAGCACCCUCACCAUGUGCACCCCCUCACCCCCCUCAUCACCUACAGCAACGACCAUUUCUCGCCGGGGAGCCCCUCCCCUCACCUGUCCCCGGAGCUCGACCUCAAGAGCGGACUCCCUCGGGUUCGGCACCCGUCAGAGCUCGCGGCGUUUUACCCGCUCUCUCCCGGCGCCGUCGGACAGCUUGCUCACCCUCUCGGCUGGAUGGUACCACCGCCGAGCCCCCCCCUCUACUCGAUGUUAGCGUCAGGCCUUAGGCCCUCCUACCAUACAGCGCUGGCUGCCAACGCCUCUGUGGCCAGGUUCUCUCCUCAGCUGGUCACGGCAUCACACGGUCUACAUGCAAGUGGAAUCCCCCACCCCGCCAUCGUAACAACGGGAAUCAAGCAGGAGCCCAAUCACAGCCAGCCCAGUCCGAGCCACAUCUCGAAGCCCCUGGCCACGAAGGAGGAGGAUGAGAAGAGAAAACCACACAUCAAAAAGCCAUUGAAUGCCUUCAUGUUGUACAUGAAGGAGAUGCGGGCCAAGGUGGUGGCCGAGUGUACGCUGAAGGAAAGUGCCGCCAUUAACCAGAUACUGGGGCGCAAGUGGCACGCGUUGACCCGAGAGGAGCAAUCAAAGUACUACGAGCUGGCGAGGAAGGAGCGGCAACUUCAUUCCCAGCUCUACCCCGGCUGGUCAGCGCGGGACAACUAUGGCAAGAGGAAAAAGAGGAAACGCGGCAAACAGCAGCAGACCGAGGAGAGUAACCAAGAGUCGCUGGUGCCCGGUUCCCGUCGGAGGCUGAAGGUCCGCCAGCUGGUUCGCGCGGACGGGAUCUACUCGCUGCCCGUCUCUGCUUCCGCCGCCAGCAGCAGUAUCCUGGACUCGCCGCCCUCCCCGUCCACCCGGCAGCCGGUGCCGGAGGCCCGGGGCCCCGAGCAGGCCCAGCCGCUCUCGCUCAGCAUCAAGUCGGACACCCAGCCCAAGCCGAGGGCACCCGCCUCCAGCCCCUCGCCUGCCAGCUCCCGGCGCCUCUCCCAGGCUGCCACGCCCACCUUCCUCUUGACUCCGCCUUCCUCCGUUGAAGCUGCCACGCACUCCCAGCACGGUUUGCAGACGCAGCCAUUGCCCUUGGUGACCAGGUCACCUGAGUGACCUUUAACCCAUGAACUCCCCCCUCCCACCCUCUGACCCCAUAUUCAGUCUCGGACCCCCUGACCCUCCAGAGAAUUUUUUAAAAGAUGUUCUUUGAAGCUGGUCAAUAUUUGACCCCACUUUUUAUAUUGAAAACUGUAAAUAACUUUUUAUUACGUUGAGGUUGGAGGAAGUCAAGGAGGGCUGGAGACGGGUGGGUGGGGGCUUCCAUUGGGAAGAGAGAGGAAGGGAGGGGUGGUAGAUAGAGAUGCCCCUGUGCUCACUGCAGCGCAUGCUUGACAGACUUUGUGGAGUUCACUACGAGGACCAAGGGUUCUGGUCAGUCCCCGAAAUGUAUCCUUCUGUCAAUAAGGCCCAAUUUAUGUCCCUGGUGGGGGUAUUGAGCUUCCUCAGUUUUGCCAGAGUUCCAUUGGUCGCUUGGGGGGAGGGGGUUGCUGAUCCUGGGCACUGCCUACUGCUGCCCUUUGGGGUGGAUGAGAGGUCGGUUCAGGGUGGCCCUCUGUACUGAGACAAUCACAUGACUCACAAAUUAUAGAGAUUCUUCCCCCCCAGCCCACCGCCUGAAAAACACACACUUCUUAUUCGCAAACAAGAGAAAAUCUGCAGGUGCUGGUAAUCUGGGCGAAUGACAAGUAACUAACACACACACACACACACACACACACACCAUACACACAUACACACACAGACACACAUACACACCCACACACUCACACUCACACGCACAAUGCCGGAGGAACUCAGCAGGCUCGACACCAUCUACGGGAAAGAGUUUUGGGCCGAGACCCUUCACCCUGAGUUCCUCCAGCAUUUUGUGUGCGUGUUACUCUUUAUUUGCCCAGUUUAUAAGCUGAACUGCAUAGUUUAAGUAACAAGGACCAUAUCCAUUGCUGGGGCUGGUUGUGGGCUGACCAAACUGCUUGUUCUCUUGUGGGUGAUGGGUACAGUGGGUUUGACUUGAGCUCAAAGAUCUUUUCAUCCAUUUGGUGACUGAGAAAUAAUGCUUCUCUACAGGAGAAUGACCAAACUCGCGACUGCUUCUCCCCACAGUGGAAGAGGCUUUUGACAAUUUCAACGCACAUCUACUGUGGCUUCCAGUCCUGAGCAAAAUUUUUCUCCCUACUUAAAGUGCAGAAUGGCUGAUUAGCCCAGAAGAUCCACUGCCUUCUUGAGAAUACCCCCACCCUCCACUCUCCAUACCCCUGGGUUAUUUUCACUUUGUUUAAAACAUGUACAAAUUUCUACAUAAA